AUUCAAGAUUAGACAUUGAAUAGUUUCAAAUAGUUCAAAAUGAAGUGUUUUUGUGUUUCAAUAAUUUUGGCCAUAAUUGCUUCAGGGUUUUGUGGGGGAAUGGAUGACAUGAAACGUAAAUGCAUGGAGCAGGAAGGAGCUUCCCAGGCGGAAGCGGAUGCCAUGAACCAGCUGCAAAUUCCAGAAACACGUACGCAGAAAUGCUAUUACGCUUGCGUUUUUGAAAAAAUGGGCACUUCCGAUGGCCAGCGGUUCGACACGGAACGAUUCUUGGAGAUUGCGGAAAAUCACUUCAAAAAUGAUCAAAAUGCGUUGAACGCCGUUCGCGCGAUAGCGAACCGCUGUGACGGGACGGAGAACGAUGACCGGUGUGAGUUGGCAGCGGACAUUGCUGCCUGUAUGAAGGGGGAGUAGGGGGAUAGCUUAGAGAUGACUUGAAAAUAAACAAAGUUCAGCUACGA